UUGCUGAUUUGGCUCCCUUUAGGCUGGGUAGAUGUCAAAGGCUGAACGCAUCUCCCUUUGCCACAUUAUAACUAGUAGGGGGAAUCCUGAGCAUCAAGCAUGGCUACUGCGGCGUCGAAUCCCUACAGCAUCCUCACUUCCAGCUCUUUGGUCCACGCAGAAUCGGCGGGGAUGCAGCAAGGAAGCCCAUUCCGGAACCCCCAGAAACUUCUCCAAAGUGACUACUUGCAAGGGGUCCCCAGCAAUGGGCAUCCUCUGGGGCACCACUGGGUGACCAGCCUGAGCGAUGCAGGCCCUUGGUCGUCCACCUUGACCGCUAGUCCUCUGGACCAGCCCGACGUGAAGCCAGGGCGGGAAGACUUGCAGCUGGGGGCCAUCAUCCACCACCGCUCGCCUCACGUUAGCCACCACUCGCCCCACCACACCAGCCACCCCAGCGCCUGGGGGGCCAGCCCGGCUCACAAUUCCUCGCUCACGUCGAGCGGGCAGCCUCCGCCUCCUCCCUUGAACGUCUACUCUCAAGCGGGCUUCACGGUCAGCGGGAUGUUGGACCACGGGGGUCUGACGCCCCCUCCGGCUUCGGUCACGCCGCAGGCCAUGCACCAGGUGCUGAGGGACACCCCGGACCACGGCGACCUGGGCUCGCACCACUGCCAGGACCACUCGGACGAGGAGACACCGACGUCGGACGAACUGGAGCAGUUCGCCAAGCAGUUCAAACAAAGGAGGAUCAAGCUGGGCUUCACGCAAGCGGACGUGGGUUUGGCGCUGGGCACUUUGUACGGGAACGUCUUCUCUCAGACGACCAUCUGCCGGUUCGAGGCUCUGCAGCUGAGCUUCAAGAACAUGUGCAAGCUUAAACCUCUGCUGAACAAGUGGCUGGAGGAGGCCGACUCCUCGACGGGGAGCCCCACCAGCAUCGACAAGAUCGCGGCUCAGGGCAGGAAGCGGAAGAAGCGGACCUCCAUCGAGGUGAGUGUCAAAGGGGUCCUGGAAACGCAUUUCUUGAAGUGCCCCAAGCCGGCGGCCCAGGAGAUCUCGUCUUUGGCGGACAGCCUCCAGCUGGAGAAGGAGGUGGUGAGGGUUUGGUUUUGCAACAGACGGCAAAAGGAGAAGAGGAUGACGCCGCCAGGGGACCCUCCGCAGCCGCACGAGGUUUACUCUCACAGCGUGAAAACAGACGCCUCCUGCCACGAUCUUUGACUAUGAAGGACCCACUCGGGAACUGGGCAGCGGCGCUGAUCCUAUGGGUGUGACAUUCAUCCCCGCUCCUCCUCGCCCUCCU